ACACACAAACACCUCAAAACUUCGCUCCCAAAACCAAACACCUUAUCUCCCAUCCACUUCUACUCUCUCUUUCACAUGACAUUUUUCCUUUGAUUUCUCUCCAAUCACUUCAAUGGCAGCCACUAUUCCUUGCCACUACUAUGCUUCUGCAGCCACCACAUCCAAAUUCUUCGUCUCCAAUAAUGCACACUCCAAGCGUCUCACCUACCCUCUUUCUCUCACCAAUGCUCGAGGAUUCCGAGGUUUCAGUGCUGCUCGUUGCUCUUACCAACCACCACCCCAUUAUUCUCAACUUCAGAGUAAAGAUAAAGGGAAUUUUUCCUUAAAGCAGUGUGCGAUUUCUAUAGCACUUGCAGUUGGGUUGAUGACCGGAGUUCCUGCACUGGGGUUGCCUGCCAAUGCUCACACAGCUAGCCCUGCGUUGCCUGAUCUGGCUGUGUUGAUAUCUGGACCACCAAUCAAGGAUCCUGGGGCAUUAUUGAGAUAUGCUCUUCCCAUUGACAAUAAAGCAAUCAGAGAGGUACAAAAACCACUUGAAGAUAUUACAGAUAGUCUUAAGGUUGCUGGAGUCAAAGCACUUGAUUCUGUUGAAAGAAAUGUGAGGCAGGCGUCUCGAGCUCUCAAGCAAGGGAAGACCCUAAUUGUAACAGGGCUAGCAGAAUCAAAGAAAGAACACGGAAUCGAAUUGCUUAAUAAGCUGGAAGCUGGUAUGGAUGAGCUUGAACUGAUAAUACAGGAUAGGAAUCGAGAUGCUGUUGCACCGAAACAGAAGGAGCUACUUAAUUACGUUGGCGGUGUUGAAGAAGACAUGGUCAAUGGAUUCCCAUAUGAAGUUCCCGAGGAAUACCGAAAUAUGCCAUUGUUGAAGGGGAGAGCAGCAGUGGAUAUGAAGGUCAAGAUCAAGGACAAUCCAAAUCUUGAGGAAUGUGUUUUCCAUAUAGUUCUUGAUGGUUAUAAUGCCCCCGUAACUGCUGGAAAUUUUGUCGAUUUGGUAGAAAGGCACUUCUACGACGGCAUGGAAAUCCAGAGAGCCGAUGGAUUCGUUGUCCAAACUGGUGAUCCUGAAGGCCCUGCUGAGGGUUUUAUUGAUCCAAGCACAGAGAAAACCAGGACAAUACCUUUAGAAAUUAUGGUGAAUGGGGAAAAGGAACCAUUUUAUGGAGCAACUCUAGAGGAGCUUGGUCUAUACAAAGCUCAAACAAAGCUUCCAUUUAAUGCAUUCGGAACAAUGGCAAUGGCAAGAGAUGAAUUUGAGAACAACUCGGGCUCUAGCCAGAUAUUUUGGCUACUGAAAGAAAGCGAGUUAACUCCUAGCAACGCCAAUAUAUUAGACGGCCGAUAUGCUGUCUUCGGCUAUGUAACAGAAAACGAGGAUUUCUUGGCGGACCUCAAGGUUGGUGAUGUCAUAGAAUCAAUGCAAGUAGUGUCUGGCCUUGAUAAUUUGGUUAAUCCAAGCUACAAGAUUGCUGGCUAAAUGAGUCUUUUAAUUUAAUUUAUGUGCUUUUUGCUAUUAUUAAAUUAAAUACUUCACAUGAGUGUUUAUUGGAACUUAGCUUUCUCAAGGCUAUUAGGGAAAACCAGGAUGUAACAUUUGCAUAGUUUCACUCCCAAGUUUGUUCUUAUUGUUCUCAGAAACCAUUGUAGCUUUGUUUCAACCAAUUCUUCAAAAAAUCACAAACAAUGAUUGUUCUAUGAGGAAAUUAUAGGCCAUACAAUUUCUUGUAUCCAUGUACCAGAGCUGUUCGUAUGAGUAAGAUGUGAUAUAUUUUUGUAUUUAAAAUUUAGGGGAACUUAUGAGCUAUCCUCUGAUAUUCA